GACCACCCUACAGCGGGAGAUCAAAGAGGUGUUGGGGAGGAAGACUAGAAAGCUGCGACAACCACAGCCCAUCUUUAGGAACCCCUGCCCCGUUGUGGCUGGGACUUCCGCCCGGCCAUGACACAGCACAGCGGGCGGGAAGGAGACCAAGGGAGCAUGCGCAGGAGAGCCGGGGUGGACGGGGGAGGAGAGCCGAGACGCCUUAGGGAGAAAGGCCGGGAGAAGGAGGAACAGCCGGGCGCUGGUAGUGGGCCAUCUAAGGGAGUGCGAGGGGUCCCGAUCGAGAAGGCAAACUGAAGUGGGGGAGGAAAAGAGGAGGGUGUUUGCUUCAGAAUGUACACUGAAGAUGAGGCUAGGAAAAUUGGAGUGGUUGGCUGGGUGAAGAAUACCAGCAAAGGCACUGUGACAGGCCAAGUGCAAGGCCCUGAAGAGAAAGUCAAUUCCAUGAAGAAUAAAACAACUAAGCAAAAGAUGAGUUUCUACUCCAGUGACUGUCACCUGGGAGUCUCUACACUCCACAUGCCAAUACCCUCCUCAAGAAGCAACACACUGGAAUUAGGGGAAUAUGAUUUGUUAAAGCAGGUGAUUUCCAGACUGCAGGAGCAGAAAGAGGGAAUUCAAACAGCACCUGGAUGCCUUGCUAAAGAGCAGAGAGAGAGAGUAUGGGGCUCAGGGAGGCGAGGUUACAUGCAGCUAGCGGCUGCCAUAUUGGACAGUACAGCCCGAGAUUGAUGGGGGAAAAUGGAAACAAAUCCGCUGAAACUGGACAGUGGUUGACUCCAGCUUGUAAGAUUUUGAUUUAUAUAUAUGUCCAUCAAAUUUUUCUAGAAUAACUAUGUAUUCCUUUUAUAAUAUGAAAACAUCCAUUUAAAAAUGUAAGCAUUAAAUUCCUAAUACCUAAUUUGGACUGAUAAGUGGUGAUUUCACCAGAAAGUUUUUAGAAUUAAACUCUAAUGCUUUAAAAACUGAAUUAGCACGUAAUCUCUAAAAGUAGUGUUUAAUCUCUGGAUAGAAAUUUCUAUACCAACAGAGUUUAGCAACGGAAAUCUCUUUUUAAUUAAAGGAGUUCAGUUUUAAGUUUUCACGUUAAAGUGAAAUCAGUAGCUUCUUUAAUAAUAUUUUGUUUGUUCUGUGAUGGAUCUCAAUAGGAUUAUUUAUAAGAAAUACAGAAAAGAUAUUCUAUCUCAGAGACAUCAUGGAUUUCUUUGACAAUAUAAAAAUCAAAUAAAUGUUGAAACUUCCAGUCAUUUGUCUAAUUGUAUAUCAUAACUAAAAGGGGAAGAAUUUGCACUUAGGUUGUAUAAACUUUAAUAAAUACUUUCAUAAUCAUAGAAAAUAAAUUAGUUUAAUGGACCUAAAUUGUGAUGAAUAAAAUUAAUAUUUGAUUUAAUAUUGGAUGUUUUUAGAAAGUUGAGGGAAUAUACUAUAAAUUCUUCCAAUCUGUCUAUGACCUCCUUACAUUUCCUUCUUCAAACCAAUCUACUUCAAUUUAGCAACAGUAAGACCUCUUAAUGGGCCCCAUUCAUGCCUACAAUAUGCUGUCUGAAUAAUACAUUUGAGACAUCAGCAUUCUGGUGUUUAGGCUGUAGCUUAACUCUGAUUUUUAAAAGAAUGUUAAUGUCCCAUUCAUUUUAUUGUUUCGCCCAUUGUUUGAAAAGAGAGUGGGAAAAAACCCAUUAACUUUUCUGAAAUGUCAGCAAACGUGGGUAACUAAAUGAUUAGAGCUGUCAAUCCAUGGCAUAUCACAUGUCUUUAAUUCAGUAAUCUGUGUAUAUGUGGGCAUUGUUGCCAGCCUGAGUUCAAACUCUUAACAGAAACAAGUCUAAGUUCUACACAGCACAUCCCUCACUACUAAAAGUUUUGCUACAUUAAAAAAAUCUAACCAUGCUAAAGACAAAGCUUGGGUGUAUUAAAUGGUAUUUGUGUGACUAAAUUUGAAAAUAGCACUUUGAGAUGUGACAAAAGACCAUUUUAAUGCAAAUUAUUUUUUUUCCCCAAACCAUAACCUGAAUUGUUUUUGAAAUGCUGGUUGUGCCUGAGUAGCUCACAAUUUCAAUAGGAAACAAGAUAUUCACAAACACACAUCUAGAGUGAAAUUCUGAGGUAAUUAGUAAUGUUAUAGUACUAUAGUCUUUGUGGUGUAAAUCCUAGAAUUAAGGCCUGAUGUUAUGUGCUUCCUUGACAUCUGAUGAAAUCAGGAGGGUCUCAAAUAGCCAAUAAAUCUUAAGUUCUCUUUGCUAGUCUGCUCCCAGGAAAAGGGUCAUGUAGAAAAACAACCCUCCUUACAAGUGACCAGAUGCACUUCUUGCUUAUCCCUGAGUAACAAGUUUCAGUUCCCUGCCAGCCUGCAAAAUUAUUCAAACCAGCCAGCCUCAUCCUCCAGUGGAAACCAGGGGUGAUAUUCUUUUGACACUGAAGGCCUGCCUCCCACAGCCUCUGGUUGUCCACUCUGUUCCCAUGCGGUCCUUCAUGGCGUGAUGUCCAGCGUAUGUGGCUAAUUAACUGCUGCCAGUCUCAUGUGUCCUGUCCCGUGUCCAGGGUCGUGUGUUCAGCCGUCCCCAUAACCCCAGGACAGCACUCUCUCCUUUGUCAACAACAUGAAUGGGAGGGGAUUAGAUCAGGCUAUGUACCUCAGUGCUGUAAAAAGACCCAUUUUGAGAAAAAGAUCCUU